GCAAGCAGCGCGCCCGGCCCUCAGCGCGCCCGGCCCUCACAUAGAAGACAGCUAGCGGCCGGACAGGUGAGCAUCGAUCAAUGGCCGCCGCCCCGCGCCGCCUGGACCUCCCCGUGGUGGACCUCGCGUCCCCCGACCGCCGCGCCGCCGCAAGGUCCAUCCGCCAGGCGUGCGUGGAGUACGGCUUCUUCUACGUGAUCAACCACGGGGUCGACCGCGGCCUGCUGGAGCGGGUGUUCGCCGAGAGCCGGAGCUUCUUCCAGCAGCCCAUGGAGGCGAAGAUGGCGCUGCGCAAGAACAGCAGCCACCGGGGCUACACCGCGCCCUACUCCGAGAAAUUCGACGACCACCCCGGCUCCAGAGGAGAGUCCAAGGAGACUUUCUACAUUGGGCCUGCAGGAGAUGUCGAUUCACAUAACGAUGUUAAUCAAUGGCCUCCUGAAGAAUGUUUUCCAUCUUGGAAAAGGAUAAUGAUGUCGUACCAUACAAAUGCAUUGGCUGCUGGCAAAAGAAUAUUGUCUCUUAUUGCUUUGAGUUUGGAUCUUGAUGCUGAAUUCUUUCAAACGAAUGGUACUUUUGAAAUCCCAAUUGCAGUUCUUCGAUUGUUACACUACCCAGGUGACAUGAGUGCUUCUGAUGAUGGAAAUAUUGGUGCAGCAGCUCAUUCAGAUUUUGGAAUGCUGACCCUUUUAGCAACAGAUGGCACACCUGGCCUGCAGAUAUGCAGAGAGAAAGAUAGGCAUCCUCAGCUUUGGGAAGAUGUUCACCACAUUGAUGGGUCCCUUAUUGUUAAUAUCGGUGAUUUGUUGGAAAGGUGGACUAACUGUGUGUUCAGAUCUACAUUGCAUCGUGUUGUUCCUGUUGGGAAAAACCGAUAUUCUGUUGCUUUCUUUAUUUAUCCAAGCCCAAAUUUAGUGAUCCAAUGCAUGGAGAGUUGUUGCAGUGAGGCAUACCCACCAAGGUUUCCACCUAUCAAAAUCAGCGACUAUUUGGAAGAGAGAGGAUUGAGUUCUACGUAUAAAUUAGGGACUGUCUAGUCCAACGACCAAGUACUACAUGCAAAUCAUCAGUAGUACUCCAGUACAAACUUAUGAUCGUUCGCAGCCAAUCAACUUUUAUUUCAUUGAUCUAAUGAGAUAAAACAUUUUCAAUUGUUAUGGUCAAGUAUCAUAGCUUGUGGUUUGUUGAUGUACUACUGUGCUAUUUUACAAUAAAUGAUUGAACAUCUUGUCCAAUAAA